UCCGUUCUCAGCCGCCACAAAAAGGAAACACCCUCGCCGCCGCCUCCCACCACCCACUUCCAAUAAAACGCGUUCCCUCCAUGCUUCCGCACCACGCCGCCUCCAUGGACGCCUCCACCACCCACGCCGCCGCCGCUCCCUUCGCCACGCCCGCCAACAAGCCCCGCCUCCUCCUCAUCCCGCCCAACCCCUCUCGCUGCCUCGCUCGCCCCCGCGGCGGCUCCGUCGCCGUCUGCUGCGCCCACUCCCCUCCUCCACCCCCGGCGCCCCUCCCGCGCGCCGCCGCUUCCGGAAACGACGAGGAUGAGGAGGAGUUCGCCCCUCCGGGCCUCCGCCUACGCCGGCUCGCCGAAGAGUUCCGCGCGCUCCCGGACGCCGCCCGCGUGCGCCGGCUCCUCGCGUACGGCGCCGCGCUCCCGCGUCUCCCCGAAGCCGACCGCGUCGCGGCCAACCGCGUCAUGGGCUGCGUCGCGCAGGUCUGGCUCGUGGGCGGGGUCGACGGCGCCGGGCGGAUGCGGUUCGCCGCCGACUCCGACUCGGAGAUCUCGCGCGGGUACUGCGCCUGCCUCGUCUCCGCGCUCGACGGCGCGCGCCCCGAGGAGGUGCUCGACGCCGACCCCGCCCACCUCGCGCCGCUCGGCGUGGCGGCGCGGUCGCGGGCCAGCACGUGGCACAACGUGCUCGUCGGCAUGCAGAAGCGGGCGCGGGCGGCCAUCGCGGAGCGCGAGGGCAGAGCCCCCGGGCAGCCGUUCCCGUCGCUCGUCAUCGGCCGCGACGGCGCCGUCCGCGCGCAGGGAAGCUACGCGGAGGCCCAGGCAAUGUUUUUAUCUCCUGACAAUUCCAAGAUUGUGGAGCUUGUAAAUGCCCUUGUGGAGAAAAAAAUUGGGAUUGUGGCCCAUUUCUAUAUGGACCCUGAGGUGCAAGGCAUACUAACUGCUGCAAAGAGGCAAUGGCCCCACAUUCACAUAUCUGACUCGUUGGUAAUGGCAGAUAGUGCUGUUCAGAUGGCUGAAGCAGGAUGUGAAUAUAUUGCAGUGCUAGGUGUUGACUUCAUGUCAGAAAAUGUUCGUGCAAUACUUGAUCAAGCAGGAUUUAACAAGGUUGGUGUCUAUAGAAUGUCCAGUGAGCAAAUCGGCUGUUCCUUGGCAGAUGCUGCUUCUAGUUCUGCUUAUACACAUUUUCUCAAGACAGCUUCAAGAUCUCCCCCUUCUUUGCAUGUUAUUUAUAUCAAUACUUCUCUGGAAACAAAAGCUCAUACUCAUGAACUUGUUCCUACGAUAACCUGUACUUCUUCCAAUGUUGUUGCAACUAUAUUACAGGCAUUUGCUCAAAUACCAGAUCUAAAUGUCUGGUAUGGUCCUGAUUCAUACAUGGGUGCGAACAUAGCUGACCUAUUUCAGAGAAUGGCUAUCAUGUCUGAUGAAGAAAUUGCUGAGAUACAUCCAGAUCACAACAGAAAAACUAUAAGUUCAUUAUUACCACGUCUACAUUACUAUCAGAAUGGUAACUGUAUUGUGCAUGAUAUGUUUGGCCAUGAAGUUGUGGAGAAAAUAAAGGCGGAAUAUUGUGAUGCAUUUCUAACAGCACACUUCGAGGUCCCAGGAGAAAUGUUUUCUUUGUCAAUGGAAGCAAAGACGAGGGGAAUGGGAGUUGUUGGGUCCACUCAGAACAUCUUAGAUUUCAUUAAAAAUCAUUUGAAGCAAGCUCUGGAUCGGAAUGUUGACAAUCAUCUUCAGUUUGUGUUAGGAACGGAAUCAGGAAUGAUCACUUCGAUUGUUGCUGCCGUCCGUGAAUUAUUUGAUGCCUAUGAAUCUCGUCAAGAAGGCAGUAACAUUGAAGUAGAAAUUGUGUUCCCUGUUUCAUCAGACGCAGUUUCUAAGACAUCUGUCAAUGGUUCCCAUCGGUUUGGCUCUUCAGUAGCUGACGAGCUAGACAAACUUACUAUUGUCCCUGGUGUGAAUUCUGGUGAAGGUUGCUCUAUCCAUGGGGGCUGCGCAUCAUGCCCUUACAUGAAGAUGAAUUCUCUGGCGGCGCUACUUAAUGUUUGCCAGCAGCUUCCUGAUGAAGACAACAGGUUAUCUGUCUAUAAAGCUAACCGAUUCAAUGCUAAGACUGCUCUUGGGAAAUUGGUUGCGGAGGUUGGAUGUGAGCCAAUUUUGCAUAUGAGGCAUUUCCAGGCUACAAAGAAAUUACCGGACAAACUUGUUCGCCAGGUUAUGCAUGGCAAUAGAGGGGAGCCUUCAUGAUAGCCGUUCUUCAGAACCUUUAUAUUAAUCUGGUUCAGGUAUUUUUUGAUGAUAUAUGCUGUUGCCCCACUGGAGUGCCGGCCACCUUAUAUAGUAGCUUCACCGGGUGCGGUAUCCGCAAUUUUGAACCCAGUGUUGUUUCCGCGUUGCUGAUAUUAAUCGGUGGAGAUUGAAACUAAGAGUUUGCAAAGGGUAGAUAAGCUGAGCUGACCUGUUGUUCUUUACCCCAAGCAAGACGUUUCUCUCCUCUCCUUUAUGUUCGGCUUCUGGGUGUCAGAUAUAUGAAUGGGCAGCAAUGUAAUACAAUAAAGUUGCCCAAAAAAUGUGCUUUGCAUGUAACAUAAAGGAACUAAUCACCUGAGCGUUGCUGUGGAAAGAGAAAUUUGGAGCCUCUGAUCCUGCUCUUGGUUAUAGAAACAACGUAUCCCA